CAGGAAGCGAUGACGUUCUGUUAACGUUAACACUGAUUGGCUACUGGGAUUUGCGUCACUGCAUUCAUUGACCAAUAGACAGAUCUCACCUCGUUUUCUACCCGGAAAUGCUUUUCGACCUUCACCUGCAGCAUGGAGGAGUAUGCACGAGAGCCGUGUCCUUGGAGGAUUGUUGAUGACUGUGGUGGAGCUUUUACAAUGGGUGCCAUAGGAGGUGGCAUCUUCCAGGCCAUCAAAGGCUUCAGGAACUCUCCUCAAGGUAUAAACCACCGCUUCAAGAGCAGCCUUAUUUCAAUCAGGACGCGAGCUCCACAGCUGGGAGGAAGCUUUGCUGUGUGGGGAGGUCUGUUUUCCAUGAUAGACUGCAGCAUGGUGAAAAUAAGACAGAAGGAGGAUCCCUGGAAUUCCAUCACCAGUGGUGCUAUGACUGGCGCUAUCCUGGCCGCUAGAAAUGGUCCCGUAGCCAUGAUGGGAUCUGCUGCAAUGGGUGGAAUUCUGCUGGCCUUAAUAGAAGGUGCUGGGAUCCUAUUAACACGAUUUGCCUCUUCACAGUUCACAAAUGGUCUACCUCUUCCUGAGGAUUCAGCCCAGAUGCCUCCUACAUCCCCGUUUGGUAGUUAUCAGCAAUACCAAUAGCAUCGUUAUUACAAUUAUUUUGAAACAUCUUGGCAUGAUUUAUGAACUAUUCCUUCACGUGGCCGUUUGGACUGGGCCACACUGUCAUAUUUACGCAUCUGCUGGACAUUUAUUUGUGGCUUUCUAUGGAAGUACCAGUAGGGUGCUGGGUUUUGGUUGAAACCCAGGGCGAAUUCAGUUUUACAGAGUUUUAAUUAAGUACAAUAAUGUGUAUUUAUGGUUCAUGCAUACUAGUACUAGAGCUGUCCAAAGAUAAUUUACUUGUGGGGUCAGAAAUUCUUUGCCACACAAACAAAUGUUUGUGCAGCAACAUUGUAGGUGUUUUAAAAGGUCUACUUGGGUGAAUUGUUGAAACUAGCAUGGAUAUUCUGAAACCAAGCCUGUCUGCAGCCUGCAAGGACUGGAUUUGGACAACAGUGCUCUAGUUAUAUUGGAACUUUUCACCAUACAGUGCUCUUUAGUAAGGUACCAUCUGCAUUAUAUUAUGUUUGUGACUGGGCUUUUUAUAAAUGUUGGCUCAGUAAAACUAAAUGUCAUUAUGGAAAUAAAGUCCAUGUCCUGUACAA